UUCCAACGUUUCCGUGAGUGCAUAACAAGACAAGCUCAGGCACGUCCGGGUAACCUCCUUAAGAGCCUGAGCCGAGCGAGCACUCGUCAGACACUUCACCCGCAGUCCGGCGACUGAACACUCGUCUUCCACGUCACCCUCCACAUUUACACUGAGGUUCCACCAUGUUCAACAGCGACGAGCGCGAAUGUGUGGUGUGCUGCCACGAGUUCUCCCGCAGCAACCGAAUCCCACGAGUCCUCCACUGCCGCCACACCUUCUGCAUCCUGUGCCUGGAGAAGCUGACCAGGCGGGAGAUCACCAUGCUGACCAUCCCCUGCCCUCUGUGCCGCUGGAUCACGUGCACCCCAGUCAGCCUGACCCUGUCCGACGCCCUGUACAUCAACACAGAAAUCUGGAGCCACAUCACCGAGGACGUGCAGCAGGAGAGGGAGGCUCCAUCGGUGGUUCUGAACGACGCAAAGACACAACUCAAGUCGAAGCUCUCUGAUUCGAGGCACUCGGGAUCCAUGUCUGCGCUCAAAAAGAUGCUGAGCUUUCUGAAGGGCUACUGACCCGCGAGGAGCAGCCUCUUCCCUCCUUGUGUUGAACUUGACGAAGCUGAAGAUGAGCCUCAUGUAGUCUUGCGCUCAGUGAACACAACAGAUACGUCUGUGUGGCCUGUGAGGAGCCGAGACCUGGACUUUAACUUCAAAGUUAGUUUUUAGUUUGUUGGGUUUUUUCUGUCUUGAACCUGAAACAAGAAGCACUUGCCUGUAAGUAAACAUGUCUUCUGUGAAUAAGUUGUAAAAUACAUUAAUUGUAAUUUGUAUGUAUUUAUUAUCUAAUGUAUAUAUGUGUAUAUAUAUAUAUAUAUAAUAAUAAUAUUCAGUGAAAUAUCAGUUAAUUAAUACUUAUUAGAUGCUGAUUUGUUUCCAGACCUCAUUCUGUAACAAAGAACAUAAUCCAGUGGCUAUAAGGUCCGACUGUGUUGGGGCCAUAUUGAAGGAAAAGUCAUUAACAGAAUAAAGUUGUAAUUUGAAAAAUACGACUGUAUUCUUCUGAUAUACAUUGCUACACUGAUAUAUUUCUAGAUUUGUAUUUUCUUAUUUUGUUUGUGUGGUUUUCAUAUAAGCCUUUACUGGUUUCUACCACAUUUAAUUUAUGUUUUGUAUUUAUGUUCAUUCUCAAAUUCUGAGAUUUAUUACCUUUUACAUGACGUUAUACUCUUGUAAUAUGGGAUACUGCGAUUGGUUAAAUAUUACACAAUAGAUUACAAUUAUUCUCUAGUUAUUUAUCUGUGUUUAGUAUUUGAUCCAAUGUUGUUGUUUUCCCCUUGUGGGGCGUUGAAGUGUCUUUGGCCAGGUGGUUUGUUAAAACUAUAGCGAGCAUUUCUAAAGUGUCAAGGGGAGAAAACAGGACAAAUAUUCAGCCCCACCCAAAUAAUAUACAUAAUAUAUAUAUUAAAAAAAGCUGUUAAAACUGGCCAUAUAUCAAUUUUAAUAAUGAGCAGGUCCUACACAAUCAGAUUCACAGAUAAUAGAUCUUUUUUUUCAGUCCACGUGUAACUUGAUUUUUCAUAUUUCAAGGAAAGGAGGGAAAAAGGGUAAAUGUUCUCUCUUUUUGAACUGUUUAAAACCAAAAGCUUUUCACGUCAUUCCUCAGGAUGGUGUUUCCACUCCUCUGUACUUCAUAAAUACAUUCAGCACUCAGUUGAUGCAGUUUAAAAAGAAACAAAACAGACAUGAUUAAUCCUGUCUAAACAAGGUCACUACAUUAACAGACUAUCACAUGUGCACUUAAAUUAACAUGUAUCCAUCACAGUUUUUACCACUUUUCUCUUAUUCCACAUCAUGGACGUUCCUCUUCCUACCUCUCACCGACAAAACAUAAUUUAAUAAACAUAGUAAAAGACAUUUGUGAGUAAACAGAUGUGAGUAAAAGGUACAGUCAUGAUUAUAUUUGCUAAAAACAUGGGGCCUCGCUGAUUAGUGGGACAACUUCGUAACGAGGGCUGGUGACGGUCGCCGUCAGCCUCAGUGAACACAACAGAUACGUCUGUGUGGCCUGUGAGGAGCCCAGACCGAGACUUUUGCUUCAAACUUAGUUUUUAGUUUGUUGGGUUUUUUCUGUCUUGAACCUGAAACAAGAAGCACUUGCCUGUAAGUAAACAUGUCUUCUGUGAAUAAGUUGUAAAAUACAUUAAUUGUAAUUUGUAUGUAUUUAUUAUCUAAUGUAUAUAUGUAUAUAUAUAUAUAUAUAGAAUAAUAAUAUUCAGUGAAAUAUCAGUUAAUUAAUACUUAUUAGAUGCUGAUUUGUUUCCAGACCUCAUUCUGUAACAAAGAACAUAAUCCAGUGGCUAUAAGGUCCGACUGUGUUGGGGCCAUAUUGAAGGAAAAGUCAUUAACAGAAUAAAGUUGUAAUUUGAAAAAUA